ACUGAAUGUAGACCGACGGUCGAACGAACGCGAUUCAGUUCUAUUAAGACCAGCGCACGGAUUAGGCCGUCAACAAGCCCUCUCCUUGGCCCCACAAGUGACACGAAACGAUCAACAUGGAUCGAAUGAUAAUCGUAAUGCUAAUGCCAAUGGCAAUUAUCAUUGGCGCUAGCCAACAAUCGAAUGACGUCGCAGAUCGAUUUCCGUUGUCCAUUAUACACAUUAACGAUUUCCAUGCCAGAUUUGAGCCAACUGACACCAGCGGCGGCACCUGUGAUGAGGGCGAACUUUGCAUUGGCGGCUAUGCGCGAACCGUUUACAUGGUGAAGCGCUUGCUCGAGGAGCAGAAGGACCAUAAUCCCAUCUAUAUCAAUGCGGGCGAUAGCUUCCAGGGCACGCUCUGGUACAACAUUGGACGCUGGAAUGUGACCCAAGAGUUUCUCAACUUGCUGCCAGCCGAUGCGAUGACUUUGGGCAAUCAUGAGUUCGAUCAUGGCGUCGCAGGCGUGGUGCCCUUUUUGAAGACCGUGCAGACGAGCAUGCUGGUGGCCAACAUGGACUGUGCCCAUGAGCCCACCAUGGAAGGGCUCUACGAGAAGUCGAAAAUCUUGGAGCGCGGUGGCCGCAAGAUCGGACUCAUUGGCGUUAUCUUGGAGACCACUUAUGAUCUGGCCAACACCGGCAACCUGAUCUUUCGCAACGAGAGCCAUACGAUUCGCGAGGAGGCGCGCUUUCUGACGGAGCAGGGCGCCAACAUUAUCAUCGUGAUCUCGCAUUGCGGCUACGACGUGGACAAGCUGAUUGCCGAGCAGGCGGGUGAUGUUAUCGAUGUUAUUGUGGGUGCUCAUUCGCACACGUUCCUCUACACGGGCGUGCCACCCGGGCCGGACAGUUCGCGUGGCGACUAUCCCACAGAGGUGACCCACAGCAAUGGCCAUCGUGUGCUCAUCGUUCAGGCCGGCGCCUAUGCCAAGUACGUGGGCAAUUUAACGGUAUAUUUCGAUGCCAACGGUGAUGUUAUCGACUUCGAGGGUGCACCCAUCUAUAUGAGCGCCGAUGUGCCAGAGGAUGAAAUUGUGCUGAAAGCGCUACAGCCCUGGAAGGAGGUCAUCGACAAGGAGGGCAAGGUGGUCGUUGGCCGAACUCUCGUCGAUCUGACCAAAAGCGACUGCGGCACACGCGAGUGCAAUUUGGGCAACUUUGUGUGCGACUCAAUGCUGCAUACGUUUGUUGGCCUGACGCCCUUUGAUCAGCCAGGCUGGACGAAUGUUUCGAUUGCCUUGGCUGCCACGGGUGGCCUGCGCGUGCCUCUGCUGCGCGGCAAUCUGACCUAUGCGCAUAUGGUGAGCAUGUCGCCAUUUGAGAACACGCUGAUAGCCUCCAACUUGCCUGGCCAGAACCUGAUCGACGCCUUGGAAUAUGCAGCUAGCAAGAUUGACCUGGAGAAUGGGGUGACUAGCUCGUAUGUGAUGCUGCAGGUGUCCGGCCUGAAGGUGACCUUCGACUACACCAAGCCAGUCAAUAAGCGCGUCAUCUCUGUGCUGGCCCGUUGCGCCGAUUGCGAUGUGCCCACCUAUGAGCCACUCGAUCCGGCUAAAACUUAUCGCGUCAUCACGUCCAGCUUCUUGCAAGGCGGCGGCGAUGGCUAUAGCAUGCUCAGUACUGGCACCGACGUCCAAACAAGCAUUACGGACAUAGAUGCCCUCAUCUCCUACACCAGCAACGUGGAUCCCAUCUAUACGGGCCUCGAGGGUCGCAUUACGGUGCUCAACGGGAACACAGCUUCUUAGACAAGAACGAUAAAUAUCGAUUUACAACAUUAAUUUGCUUUGAAACAGAAGAAAUACGAAAACUCUUAAGUGCUUAAGUUUGUUGACAUUUAUCAAAUACACAGCUUGUUGGAAAUCGAUAAUUAUCGAUAAGUACAAAUAUGAGCUUUAUUCCUU